CAAGCCAUAUACUUACAUAUUUUAUAAGUCAAGACAAGAAAAAUAAAUUCAUACGUUUUUGUGUAAACUGAGAAUUCUUACUUAUCGUACGUAUGCAUAAUGAUCAAAAUGGUAUUGGUAUUGCCGUAUGUGUUCGUGGUUCUAACUAUUAUUUCAGUGGAUCUUAGGAUCACUCAAGCCACAUCUCGUGUCACUUUUCACGAGUCGUCCAUUGCUGAUUACCACCAACAAUGGAUGAUCCAGUUCUCUCGAGUUUAUAGCAGCGAAUCCGAGAAACAGACGAGGCUUAAAGUGUUCAAGAAAAACUUGGAGUUCAUUGAGAACUUCAAUGCUAAGGCGGAUCAAAGCUACAAACUUGGUGUCAACGAGUUCACUGAUUGGACAGAAGAGGAGUUCCUAGCCACCCACACCGGUCUCAGUGGCAUUAACGUAACUUCACCAUCCAAAGGGGUUAACGAAACAAUGUCUUGGAACGUUAGUAAUCUUGUCAGCGAUAGCAAAGACUGGAGAAUGGAAGGAGCUGUAACACCUGUCAAAGUGCAAGGAGAAUGUGGUGGUUGUUGGGCGUUCUCAGCGGUUGCAGCGGUAGAAGGUCUGACAAAGAUUGCCCGAGGAAAUCUCGUAUCACUGUCCGAACAGCAACUUUUAGAUUGUGCCAGACCGGAUAACAAUGGCUGUAAUGGCGGAACAAUGCAAAACGCUUUCAAUUAUAUAGUAUCAAACCGAGGCAUUUCUUCAGAAGACGCAUACCCUUACAAAGUGAAAGACGGGAGUUGCGGGUCUAACGCCAAACCCGCCAUGCAGAUCACAGGGUUCAAAGACGUUCCACAAAACAAUGAGCGUGCGUUGCUCGAGGCAGUAUCAAGACAGCCCGUCUCUGUGGGAAUUGCUGGGAGGGGGGACAGUUUCAUCCAUUACUCAAGCGGAGUGUACAAUGCGCCUGACUGUGGUACCACCGUGACACAUGCGGUGACUAUUGUUGGGUACGGGGCGAGCCCUGAAGGGAUCAAGUAUUGGCUGGCUAAGAACUCUUGGGGUGAGACUUGGGGAGAGAAAGGUUACAUUAGACUCCGUAGAGAUGUGGAGUGGCCUCAAGGCAUGUGUGGUGUAGCUCAGUAUGCUUCUUAUCCGGUUGCUUGACUAAUUCGGUUACAUGAUUUAAUAUUGAAAUGAUCAUACAUUAUGUAGUUUGGUUAAUGAAUUGUUUGGUUGUGGUCUGAAUCUACAUCAAACCUUAGCUUGACCUUGAUGUUCAUUUUAUUGUUUCAUGUAAAUGUAUCAAUUAAUAAGACAGUGUUUUGUGUUACAAAAUAGUGUCACCUUUUUAUUAUAAAAGAGUACAAUAUAUGAAAACAUACGACCAAUCGUAGCUUGUGGAGUUGGGUAUUAUAUUCUCCAAGUAUAGAAAUGUAUACUAGUUCAUUAUGUUUUGGUAGUUAACUGUUUCAUAUAGUAUUCAGAACAGUAAUAUCUUUAUUGUAGUAACAUGACAAGAAGUAACCGUUUCCCUGUGCCGUAAAGCCUCUAAAAAGGUGACGGGUUCUUGAGCUUA